CUGAAGAACGCCGCAGACAUCGUCGAGCUGUACACAACGCGGCACCGUGAGAACCCAACAUUAGUUAAACCCAAAUUAAGUCGCGCUCCUAAUGACAGUUUCGAAAUGAUGUGAAGUGGUUCGAGCAUUUUUUUAUAGCCAGUGACAUGGAGACUUUCAACUGUGUUCCUAACGUCACUAAAUCCAAACUCAGGCCGCAUUUGACAGGGAAUUUUUACCACAAUGUGUCAAGAGGCAUGCGACCCAUCGGGAGUGAAUAUGCAGUGCCUAGUUGCACAGGACGUAGAUCAACCUCAUCACUCACACUUACGUACCCAUGGCAAGAAAGACCACCACCCACACCAGUUUCUUGCGUAGGAGUGGAGUACAAAUCUUCAAAAGGCAAAUUGUGUUCCAUAGCUUUAGCUGUAGCAUCGUUCGUAGUUUUAGUAGCAGUGCUAGCAAUCGCUGGGUUAGCGCUGUACAUGGGUGUCUUGCAUACCGAAACCCCAAAUGCACUCCUUACAUUUAGCUGUAGUGCGAAGAUUCUUAAAGGAGACAGAUUCAUAGGAGCUCUACAAGAAAAAGCUCGUAGAUAUAAACGAAACUUCGAAGCCAUGUACCAAAGGAGCAUUUUAGGUCAAGCUUUUAUAUCUUGCAUUAUCGAUAAAUUCGGAAACGAUACUGUGACUAUUUAUUUUAAGCUUGCUUUCAAUCGUAUGAAAUUAUCCAAGAACGUAUCGAACAUAGAGAAAGCUAUCAAAGAUAUCUUAAUAACAGACGCAAUCUCUAGGCAUCCUGUAUUCAAAAACAUUCGAUUCGAUGCCAGGCAUAUUACAGUAAGACAAGUAUUAAGUAACGAUGUUGUUCAACAUAUAAACCCCAGCUCAUCUCUGAUCAUACCAUCUGAUCAUUCAACUAUCGCAAUUUCGUCAAAAAAUAACGGCAUUUUGAAAUCAUUUAACAAAACAUCACCAGCACUUACUAUUCCUGCUAAAAAACCAGCUGCAACCGAAGAACUAGAGCAAAUUAAAGAUGAAGAUUUACCAGUUGUCCAAGGAUCAUUUAAAAUAAGUAAAACAGACGCUGAUAUUACAGAGAAAAAGACUGAACUAUCCACUAUCAAGCCAAAACCUACACAACCUUCUAUUAAAAAAACUACGUUCAAAGAAUCUUCUGUAACAAGUGCAUUGUAUAAAAUAGCCGCUGUAGAAAAAGUUACCAAAAAAACUAACUCUAUAAAUGAAGAAUUUGAUAAUACUACUCCUAAAUCAUCGACUACUUCAACUACUACCGUUAAACCUAGUACCGCUGCUACUGAACAAUCUACCAAAACAGUUUUCUUACUCAAUCCUUUCGAUGAAGCACCUUGGAUUCCUAUACUUCCAAACAUGUCGCCCAUUGGUGAUCAACCUCCUUAUAAAACAGCAUUGAAUAAUCCAUAUUAUUUAAAUCCAACUGUACCGACUAUAACAGCCGAACAUCCUGUAUAUACCAGCUUCACUAAUCCAGGUUUAUCUUUAAAUUUCAAUGACGCAGAAAGAUUGGGUUCUACAAGUCUCAAAAGCCAUCCCAUUCCAGUAAACAAAAUAUUUUUUACUGAAUCAGUAACUGAUUCAAUUAAAGAUUAUUCAACUCCUGGUAAUAUAGUACCUUUAACUGAAACCACCACACAAGCCUUUAAAGAAAUAAAACUCAGUGAAUUAUUAGAGUACCCAGUUCAGGUAAAUAAAGUACCCUCGACUACAGAAAUAAAUAAAGUGAGCAAGGACGACAUAACCGAACCUGUGACAACAUCAAAAGCUGAUUCGUUAGAGUUUGUUGAGAUUGAAACUUUUAAAUAUGUGCCCACUAAAAAGGAAGAAGAAUCACCGGAAAAGAGGGAACAAUUGCUAAGGAACAUUUCAUCAAUUUUUCAUACAUUAGCUUCCUCUUUGGAUACUUCAAAUUUAAACAUCACUCUAGUAGAGUCUAGUAGUAGUAAGCCAAAGGAAGACGAAAUUGUUUCGGGUCAAGGUCAAGUAGAAGUCGUAGUAGAAGAUGUAGAUGAUCUAGUACAGCACACUACAAAGCAUUCUUUAGUUACAUUACUUCCAGUAAAGUCAAAUUCUGGUAUUGGCAGACCUAUAAGGAAAAGACCGUUUAAUUCAGAUGAAGCAAAUAUGUCUGUUGAAAAUAGAAGUUUUCCAACUAAUACAGCUAAAAAAGAAACUAAAAAUAUCAACGAAGAUUUUAAAAUUAUGGGGAUAUUAAAUUUCGCAACAGAGGAAUCUGUUGAUAAUAGCUAUUCUGAUCUACUUAGAUAUCCCAAAAUGGAUUUUGAAUUAUCUUUAGAAGAACCAUCCAAUGCUAGUGAUUUGGUUAUGUAUUUGAGCAAUUCUUCUGAUUCGGUUGAGAGGGACAAUUCGAAUAUACUGACAGCAGACGAAAUUAAACAAUUAGCAGAAAUAAGUAAAAUCACUGAUAAUUCAACGUCGUUUGAUGUAGAACCCGUAAUAUCGAAUAAAGCCAUUUCAUCAAGUUAUACAAAUCUUAACGGUUUACCGAUAUUAACAAAACCUCAUAAUAAAAUGAAUAUCCUCGCUAAUGAUGCACCUUUAAAAGGAAAUAUCUCAGAUUGCACGAAUACGUCAGUGAUUUGCGGAGAUGGUUCUUGCUUGCCGGAGACGACUAAAUGCAAUCAACUUAUAGAUUGCAGUGACGGCACAGAUGAAGAAAACUGCAAUUGUGCUGAUUAUUUAAAAUCACAGUAUCUGUUAGGAAAAAUAUGCGAUGGUGUAGUGGAUUGUUGGGAUUAUUCAGAUGAAAAUCGUUGUGAUUGGUGCCAGCCUGAACAAUAUGUAUGCAGCAAUUCGAAAGUCUGUAUUGACAAACACAAAAUAUGUGAUGGAUUUAAAGACUGCCCACAAGGGGACGAUGAAAGACAAUGCGUUACUAUUUCCUCCAAUAUUGAAUCAGCUGAUAAAUUCCCUUAUUUUGCAGAAGGAUUUCUCAUGGUGAGGAAAUACGGCAAAUGGGGUAAACUUUGCAUUGACAAUUUUGAAUCAGUCGUCAAUUUAACCCAUAUCGCCUGGCAAAUUCCAGACUUGGGAAAAGCUGUCUGCAAAUCUAUGACAUAUCAAAGUAUGUCUUCAAUACGAACUGUAACUGAAAGCAAAAAUAACAAUUCUGGAUACUUCGAACUGACUUUUUCAUUUCAAAACGAAACUAAAUCAAGCUUAUCUUUUAAAAACUCAAACUGCACUGAUAAGAAAAUCGUCAUGGUCGAAUGUCAGUCACUAGAAUGUGGUGCACGUCCUCAAGUUGUUAAACAUAUCGCCAGAGUGGUGGGAGGUGGCAAUGCUGGCUUAGGAGCUUGGCCUUGGCAAGCAGCUUUGUACAAAGAAGGGGAAUUUCAAUGUGGUGCAACCCUCUUAUCAGACAGAUGGCUGGUGUCAGCUGGUCAUUGUUUUUACCAUGCUCAAGAUGAAUAUUGGAUAGCAAGAUUAGGAGCUCUACGACGUGGAACAUCCCUGCCAUCACCCUAUGAACAGCUACAGCCAGUUGUUAAAAUUAUAGUCCAUCCAGGAUAUGUAGAUUCAGGAUUUAUCAACGAUAUUUCUUUGUUAAAACUGAAAGCUCCUGUAAUAUUCAGUGAUUACGUAAGGCCUGUAUGUUUACCUCAACCAAAUCAGGUUCCUGCAGAUGGGAGACUGUGCACUGUAAUUGGCUGGGGCCAGUUGUUUGAAGUUGGGAGAAUAUUUCCCGAUACAUUGCAAGAAGUACAGGUGCCUAUUAUAACCACAUCAGAAUGCAGGAAAAGAACUUUGUUUUUAUCACUGUAUCACAUAACUGAAGACAUGUUUUGCGCUGGUUACGAACGUGGUGGAAGAGAUGCUUGUCUAGGAGACUCAGGUGGUCCACUUAUGUGCCCUGAAUCAAAUGGCAGAUGGACUCUUCAAGGCAUAACGAGUAAUGGAUAUGGUUGCGCAAGAGCAAACAGACCCGGCGUCUACACAAAAGUGGCUAAUUAUGUGGAAUGGAUAAAAUUUAUCAUCAAUAAUGAUCAGUUGAACGCCCAAAACGAGAUCUCGAAGAAUUCCUGCACGGGUCACAGAUGUCCCCUUGGAGAAUGUCUGCCUGAAAGCCGACUAUGUAACGGUUUUAUAGAAUGUAGCGAUGGUAGUGAUGAAAAAAAUUGUACAAAUCAAAAAUCAGAAAGAUUUUAGUGAUAGUAGAUAAUUACAAUGAUGUUAAUUAAGGAACUUUUUAGUAAUAUAAUUGGGAGGUUUGUCACAGCUACCCCAUUAAUCGUAGAUUCUUCCUUAGUGAUUUCUGUUGAUAAGUUCCUUUGGAAGAUAUCUGUGGAAGAAGCUCCAUACGAACCAAAUACUCAACGUUGAUGUAGGUAUUUCUAUUAAUUGUUUCUUUGGAAGAGUAUACUUGAUGGUCUUUAAGAUAUUUAUGUUUCUAUGCCAAUUAUUUUAGCUUCUUUCUCGUCUUUUUUAUUUUUUUUAAUGCAUUUUCGUUCGUGGGUAAUUAUUCUAAGGAAGUUCUGACGAAAAAUGAAACGGCUUAAAUAUUUAAAGGUAGCCCAUAUUAAAAAUUAUAAACCACCUUUAAAUAGUUAAGCCGUUCCACGUAUUACUUGGGUACUAAUGCCUUUCCCACGUAGGUUGAUUACAACGUCGUUAUCAGCCGAUAAGCCGAGAGCAGACGCGUGACCUUGAUAUGGAUAAAAAUUGCUAUUUUGGACCUUAUGGAGAUUUGCACGUUAAAAUGGUCCAUUUUGCGUUUAAAUUCCCCUAGAAUAGUUUCUUUCCAGGUUCAUUAGGUUAAAGGAUUUUUAUUGUUAUUUAUUGUCCAUCAUCCUUGAAAAGGGAUAAUGAAUAAUGAGUAUACAUCAUAAAUUCAGGAUGGCAUAGAAGCAUCAAAACUGGAGCUGUGUCGGAACUUCCUUACUUGUAG